AUGGUCAAACCUAAGAAGACCAAAUCGGUCACUCCACCUAAGCCAAGGCAAACCAGGUCAACACCUUCUUCUGGUUCUCAAAAGCAUGUCCCUCCAUCAAAGCCUCAAUCCAAAUCAUCUAGUGGAGAAGAUAAAAGGAAGAAAGGGAAGCCAGAAAGAGUCUACGUGGCAGCCACUACAGAAGAAGAGAUAAAAUCUAAUGAAGCAAUGAGAGAAGUGAAGAAGAGUGUUAUCUUUGCUAGGGUAGUCAAGAAGAAAUCAUCUAGUGAAAUUCAACCUAGCAAGAAGCAGAAAGUUGAAAAUGAGCAAUCUAGAAGGCAUACGACAAAUCUAGAAGAUGAGAGAUUAAGGGAGUAUGAGUUAGUGCAACUCUGUCUGGUUGUAGACUUCGAUGAAGCUAAUCAAACUCCUCCAAUGAUAAAUAUUGAAUCAGAAAAGAAUGAUGAGGAGGUUGGUGAUGAGAAGGGUGAAGAUGAAAAGAAGGGAGAGAAGGAGAAGGAUGGAGAGAAGGUUGAACAUGUUCCAAUGACAAGAGACACUGUGGAAUCAGACAAGGGCAAGAAAAUAAUAAGUGACAUAGAUCUCACCCAAGGGCCUAUGAAUCUUAAUUCUCUCUCCUAUCCAGACACUCAAGCUUGCAACACUUGCAUAGGCCAAAGCUAG